GGCCUAGGCCCCCCUUCGCUUCCUCCGACGGUGGUUGCACCCAUCGCUCCCGGACGCGCUCAGGGUCUUCGCCCGGCAUGGAUUCGCCCGGCAGCCGCAGCGCGUGCGGCCCAGCUCCUGCGCCGGGGGAGUCGGCGUCGGCUUCGGUGACCCUGGCGCGGCUCCUGCGGCUGGUCCAGCAGGGCCGGGAGCUCCCCGGCCUGGAGAGGCACCACGUCGUGGCGACCCUCGGCGAACCCACGGCGUCCCGGCUCCCGCGGAGGCCCAAGCCCUGGGAGGCCGCGGGCUCGGCUGAGGCCCCCGCGCCGCCCUCCCAGACCCGGGGCCAGAGGCCCGGCGACCCUCCGUGUGGACAGAGGAACCUCCUGGAGCAGCCUGGCUCUGCGGAGUCUGCGACAGCGUCUUCCUAGAGGGCACAGAGUGGAUUCCUGAGGCUCGAGGUCCUUGGCAGCUGUGAAUGAAAAAUGUCGCUGCCCUAUCAACAAGAGGACGCUGCAACUAUCAAGCCAUAAGCCGAUGGUGCGGCCACUUUGGUGAGCCCCGAGGGAGCCUGGAUGGAGACAAAGGGACUGCCCGCUGCCAAGCCCUCAGCCGCUGCACCCUGAGGGGACUCAGGAUGGGAAAGAACAGGAUUCUGCGUGUGGCUAGUGAAGGUGCAUAUCAGAGGAGUGAGUUCAGUGACCCAGACUCUUCCAUCAUCCUGUACAUAAAAAAACCUAAAUUCAUUAAUGUGAGAUGUCUGGUUUUCUUUAGUAGUAAUCUUUUGAUGUUCUGACUACCUGGUUUUGUUGCAGAACUCCUACAUAUCCUUCAGAGCGGUCCCUCAGAGCUGUCUGAGAGGCUGCCUCGCGGGCUUGAGUCCUCGGAAAGUCUGCCAAAUAAAACAAUUCUCAACUUUUAGGUUUUGCUUUUUUUUUUUUUUAGUCCACAGUUUUGGUGACCAUGGAGGGUCCCAGAACAGACUUCUCUCCUUCGCCUGAACUCUAUGAGGAACUGAAGCCUUGGUACCAGCAGAGGCCUCUUGUGUCCAUCUGCCUCCUCAGAGAGUUCAUACGAACUUGGGUGAGUCUCUCCUGGUUCUCUGCUCUCCCGGUUAUUGGCUGGUUAACCUGAGUUUCACUUGGCCAUGUCUAACAGGUACUCGGCUCUCCAGUUGAAAGAUGUUAGGGAGUGACCUCCAAUAGUGGAAAGAUACUAGGGGAGCCCAGUUGAAAGACACUGGAAGAAAGUGACCCCCCCCAGCUGAAAGAUACUGGGGGAGCCCAUUUGAAAGACACUAGGAUUUGCUCAGUUGAAAAGAAACUGAGCAGUCUGCCCUAAAUAUUUAGGUAAGAAUCUGACCUGACAUUUUCAUCAAAUUGGCUACCUUAAGAAUUUAUCGGGAUAAAAGUGUGCUAGUAAAUUUUAUUCCUGACAACUUCAACUUUAAAAUGGGAAAUAGAAUCUCAAACAAAAAUGAAGGGCGUCAAAACACCAACCUUCGACUAACACUCCAGCCAGAUUCAUGAAUGUAUGGAGCUCAUACUUGCUAGUACCUACUUAACUGGGAAUUAAAGGAAAUCUCACCCUGAAAAUGACUUAGAUGGGGCUCUUUUAUUGAACACACAAUUAAGUUAGAACAAGCCUGCUUGAUAAGAACAACUUUUCAGAA